AUGUUCGGGACCCCACCGUCAGCCCAUCCCUUCGAAUCCAAGGCGCGUCGCAGAUCACAGAAGGCCUCCAUCUCGAGACGGUAUACAGACAGUGAGCAGGGCUCUACAAAGUCUCACUCGUUCAGCCCCAGUUCGGAUGACACGUUAUCUCGGCCAUCAUCCAUCACGUCUCAAAGACCUAACGAUUACGCAUCGGAUAUUGUCACCUCUCCUACAAGCAUUUGCGAACUCGAAUCCCCUGAGCCACUUACUUUCCACCAAGAACUGGUUACCCUGAGUAUCUCGACCAAGUCUCGUAGCCUGUCCUCCGGAUUUCCCUACAAUGACGACCUCUUCAGCUGGGGACUCCCCCCAACCAAGUGGAGCACAUUCACGCAAGAGAUUGAGAAGGCGGUAAGGAAGGAUGCGGUCGAAAACGCCAACGGAGAUAUCUUCGCACCCUGGAUCAUUGGUGGGCGUGUUUCGGAGACUCUUAGUCGUUGGCACAGAGAUCUGUUUACCCCCUUAGGGUUGGAGGUAAGCUUGAAGCUGCCAUCCGUCGCUGAUGCUGGAGAAAGCAAGCAAGACGAAGGCGUCGAACAGACAAAGAAUGACUGCCGAAAAAAAGGCAUACUGGCCAACCUGGGUUGGAAGAGGGACGUGCCUGAAGGCCGAAAGUUUCGAAUCAUCCUGAAGCAUGCCCGUCCCAUGAGCGGAGACCAGGCUCGGAUUGGUGCGCCGAGACCAGUGUCGGAAUUGGAAGAACAAGAUGCCAUCCCCGCAGGCCGGAGAAAGUUAGACUUAGUAGCGGAUCUCCCCGUGGGAGGCAAGGGGCACGAGGUCGAGCUGGAGGCAACCGAAGUACUUUUGAAACCAACGUCCUCAUCCAUUCGAGAUAUCCCAGAACUAUCUUAUCUUUCAGUCAACGAUGGGAGGGUGCAAUCAUGGUCUAGUAUGGGUUCCUAA